CGCGCGUGCCCAUCAUCCAUCAUCUGUACCCUUGAUUCCCAUCACCCUUGCUCCUCACACGCUGCUCUCUUAAACACACAUCACACACACGCGCGCAUCCUCUCUGACUUUGUCUAUCUAUACACUCGUCCAUCGGAAUUAAUCCCUGUCGUACCUUUCUUCACUCUCACCUUGCUUCACAUUCCUGGCAUCGACCUCAUCAUCGCGAAUUCUAUAAAGUCGUCGACAUUUGCCGAGUGAGUGCGGUGACAGACUUCACGAGCCCCGGGUGUGUGAGUGUGUGUGUGUGUGUGUGGCUUGCGGCCAUCAACGUUUUCGAGCCAGCGGUUCCUUCUCUUCUUCUCUACAACAACGCCCUCCCUGCGAACAGCUGCACCUUUGACUUUUCAUCAACGCAAAGCCUGAACACUCCGGGCAGUCCCCUUUCAGAUUUGUAUCUGAUCAAUGCCGCGUCCUUGCUUUGGCGCGCUCUGUCAAGAUGGCGGCCGGUCUCGAUGAGGCCGUCAAAGAUGAGCCUGCCGCGGCGGCAAAUACUUCAUUUCCACGCGGCGACGGCAGCAACCCAAUAACACCACAGAUGGAGAAUGCGGACGCCGGUCUACCGGAGCCUUCAUAUGGCACGCGUUCGCGCAAUCGUACUAAUGCUCGCCCGAAUUACUCCGAGGAGCAGGACAUGGACUUUGAAUUUCUGGCGCCUGCGACAACGACGACAGCGACAACCGCGACCAACGGCCGAAAAAAGGCAAGCGACACAUCAGCAUCAGUCGGCCAGAGCCAUUCCGAUGUCAAACGCACUGUCGAACCCGCAGAUGUGGCCCAGAACGCCAGCAGUUCGACUCCAGUGUCUGCGACCGGAAAGGACAGCACGAUUAAUUCGUCCACAGGGAAUGCUAGUAAUCCCAAGAAGCGCAAAGCCGCAGCCGCUGCAACCGCUCAGUCGGUAUCGGCGGUGGCCACAUCACUACCUACUGCCAAUGGGAAGAAAUCAAUACCUUCAGCAGCAUCGCUUGCAGGUCGCGAAACCAAUCUGAUGUCGUUCAUCAAGCACAAACAUUGUCUCAACAAGAAGGGCGAGCUUGUGGCUGAUGACGGGACGAGAUUGAGCGUCAACGAUCACGUGUAUUCCGUAUGUGAGCCUCCAGGCGACCCAUACUACCUAUGUCGCAUCAUGGAAUUUUUGCAUGUCGAUGCCGGCAAUGUCAACUCCGCCGUGGAUUCCGUUCGGGUGAAUUGGUAUUACCGUCCGCGAGAUGUACAACGAUUCAGUACCGAUAUGCGGCUGGUCUUCAGUACCAUGCAUUCCGACAUGUGCCCGAUCACAUCACUGCGCGGGAAGUGCACAAUCAAACAUCGAUCCGAAAUCGAGGAUCUCGAUGCAUAUCGUCGCGAGCGAGAUUCGUUCUACUUUGUUCAAUGCUUCGAUCGUUUCAUUCGUCGAUCCUACGAAUGUAUACCCGUCGCGCAGAUUAUCAACGUCCCCGACAAGGUCAAGAAAGCUUUGGACGAACGAUGGAAGUUUGUCGUUGUCGAAAUCGGGCGGGUGAAGGAAUUGACGAGCGCAGCCAAGACGUGCAAACGUUGUGCCAGAUAUUGUGCUUCACAUGAUUCGGUUGACUGCGCGAUCUGCAAGAAUUCAUAUCACAUGAAUUGUGUGCAGCCGCCGUUGCCGAAGAAACCUUCGCGAGGGUUCGCCUGGGCGUGUGCGCCAUGUGGUCGAGCAUCGGAAUUGAAGAUGGAAGCUCGCAACACACCAACGUUGAGCGCACACGAAGGCGAGGAAGGGGAAGUCAUCGUUCCUGAAGAGCAACCGGCGGUCUCCAGCGAUACAACGCGCGCGCCGAGUCCAAACGCCGAUGACAUGGUGAUCGAUGAUCAUCCUGCAACACAAGCGGAAAUCGCACUCGCCAAAAUGUGGCCGAUGCGUUAUCUUGGAAUCCAUGCCAGACUAGAGGAUGCUCUGCAGUAUGACGACCGUGCCAUCUACCCGCGAGCAAGCUCAAGGCUGGGACCUCGACAUCAAGCAAAUACGAAUAUCUGGCACGGCCGUCCAGUGGAACUUGUCAAGCCUGCCGACAUCAAAAAGCGCUAUAACAAAGGGGGUUCUUCGAAAAAUCCGGGAAAGCCGACCAAGGAGACUUUGGCUGCGAUUGAAGCCGACCGUGAGGAGAGAGCGAAGCGUCCUAAGUGGGUGCAAGACGAGCCUCCCGGUUACGUUGCACGAGGCGAGGACUAUGAUAAUGAUGAUCCGCGCUGUACAGCGAAGCUCAUCUUCAAAAUGCCCGAGUCAGACAAGAAGGCGGCGGGUGUAUCGGAACGGGAUGUUGAUGAAUACAUCGCUCGGGCGAAGACCAUGGCCCGAACGAUCGGUGUGCCUCCCUUUGGCGUUAAUUUCUUGGACAAAUCACUGGAGCUAUUGGCGGCCAACAAAUAUUCGGCAACCCCAGCGCUGGAGCAAUUGAAGAAGGUCGAUCGCCAGAAAGACUUGCACGAGCCGGUGAUAACACGAUCCGAUUUGGUCAAAUUCGAGGAAGGUGUGGCAAAGUACGGCUCCGAGCAUCGUUCCAUCCGAUUACAUAUGAAGUCGAGUCUACCACAUGCCGACAUUGUGCGCUUCUACUAUCUUUGGAAGAAGACGCCCAAGGGCCGCGAAAUCUGGGGCAAUUAUGGCGGACGGAAGAAGAGAAAAAUCGAGAGCGAUGCUGGCGCUAAAUUGCAGGCGGAAAUCGCCCACGACGUUGACGACUCUGCGUUCGAUAACGACAAAGCAGCCAAGAAGAGCCGGGGCUUCCAAUGUAAAUUCUGUAAUACGACACAUUCGCGGCAAUGGCGUCGUGCACCCGGAGUGUCACCCGGACAGACUGUGCCACCCGACGCGAAGGCCACCAACAAGGAGAAAAAGGAGAAAUUAUUGCUAGCGCUGUGUCUCCGAUGUGCUGGACUCUGGCGCAAAUAUGCCAUCAAAUGGGAGGACAUCGACGAUCUCAAGAAGGUCGCGCUGGGCGGCGGUAAGGGUGUGAAGCGCAGAAUAGACGAAGAACUCCUUCGCGAGCUCGUGGCUGCCAACGAGGCGGCUCAAGCGCUCAACCAAGAAGCCGCUCAAGCUGCAGCAUCACAAGACGCCGUUGAACCGGCCAAAAAAAGGGCCAAGCUAGACAAGGAUGGAGUGGCCGAUGCUCCGAAGCGCAAAGAAAAGCCUCCUCCACCGCCUCCCAAGGAACCUACCCCUCCUCCACCGCCUAUCAUUCCUGCCGAGCCAACCUGGAGAGAGCUACCCUGUGCAGUCUGCAAAAGUGUGGGCGACACUGUGGCAUGUCAACAUUGUAAACUCACAGUCCACCGGCGAUGCUUCGGCCUGCGCGAGAUUGAGAAUGGCAAAGCAGCUGGCGAGGUGAAGUGGUCAUGUGAACAGUGUCAAAAUGAUCGAAAUCCAGUGGUGUCCACCGAGUAUUCCUGCUGCUUGUGCCUGACCGAGGAGACGCAGAUCGAUUUGGUUGAGCCGCCUCGAAUAUCGCAUCGGAAAAAGAACGAUCGGGAAAAGGAGAAGGAGCGAAUGGAGAAAGAGCUUGCAGAUGCGAUGCGUGCAGAAUAUCGAGCAAAUCAGCUGGCAGCGAACCGUCCUCCUGGCCCGAGAGAGCCACUGAAGUGCACCACAGGCAACAAUUGGGUCCACGUGUACUGCGCUGUGUGGGCGCCAGAGAUCCGCUUCAGCAAUGCGAAGACCCUACAGGCUGCAGAAGGCUUUCAAUUAAUCCCGCAAGCGCGUUUCGAAGCAGUCUGCAAGCUGUGCAAGAACAAAGACCAUCAGAACCGCGUCCGCGACAAUGCUGGUGCGUGCAUCAAUUGCUUCCAGUGCAACGCCAGCUUUCAUGCCUCCUGUGCCUUCGAGGCCGGGUAUCAGUUCGGAUUCGACGUGCAGCCUGUGAAGGCUUCCCGCAAAGACCAAUCUACCGCGACGCUGGGCGCAGAGACGGGCUCAUUGACCGCCAUUGUAAUGUGCAAGGAGCACAUUGUGAAGACAAUCGUUCACCCCAUCAACGAGGUGGUCGACGAGACAGGGACCACUGCCCUUCAGGUGUUCGUCGAAAAAUACAAGCAGGCCGACCUGACCCUCACCGGCACGGUGCGCAAAGCCCAGCUAGCUCAGCAGACCAAGGAGAAAGGACAACAAUCUGCGACAGCUGCGCAAUUGGCAAAUCGUCGCGAAUCCGGAGCAACGAGCAUUGCGGCCGCCGUCAAGCGUGGGGCACGGGCAUCGAUUGUCGCCGACCCCAGGAGCAGUGCCGAGAACAGCGCCAUGGACUUCUCUAAAAUCCUGGAUACAGCUCCCAGGACAUGUGCUGAGUGUAAGAUCGAUGUCACUCCUCGAUGGCAUGAAGUGAACAGGCACCAGGCGGACGAAGCAGCGAGACUGAGACAAAUUCACAAGAGAGCUACAUCGGGCGAGAAUGAUGAUGGCGAUCGCGCUAUCAAUGGGGAAUAUCAAAGGUCAUCUAACAGCGCAGAGAAGGGGUUCUCACAAAACUAUCAUAAUUCGAGGCCAAACGGCCGGCCCUUGACCGGAGAUGCGAACGGCUCUGUGAGGAAUGGCGACGAUGCCCUCGUUAAUGAGAACCAGGGUCACUCGUUCUCGGCGUCGAUACCAACGGACAGGGUGAAGCGCGAAGGAGAAGAUAUGCAUAACGACUGGCUAUGUCACAAAUGCUUUCUGCAGAAACGUCGCACCGAAACACCGGCAUCCGAUGACGCCCCUGAAGCGCACAAGAAUGAGGUUGGACGAAGCGUUAAGCCUGUGACAGUAUCCUCGAUCGAGCAACAAUUCCGUCUAUGGGAUGAGCCGCCAUUGCCACCGCCUAUGUCAAUGUCGAUGCGUCAGAGCUUACCGCCGGUGACCGGCAUGAACUCAUGGCCAGGGCCAGGAUACGCGCCCAGCUACGGACAGCAUCCUGCGCAAGCAGCACCUCCGCCACCGCCAGCACAUCAUCACGGUCCACCACCGCCGCCAGCCCAUUACGGACAGCAGCCAAAUGGAUACCAUCCAGGCCCGCCUGCUCCUCCACCGCCUCAACACAUGCCCUCGCAUCAUCAUCCCGGUGCUACGCCUCCCAUGAUGGUCGAACGGCAUAGCAACUUCAACUACCAGCAUGCGCCCUCCGGCCCGCCACAGUACACGCCAACCCAUCAGCACCAUCGUCCUCCGCCUUUACCACUAUUCGGCCAUGGUUCGCCGCCGAUGACCAACGGCAUGCAUUCACCGCACGGGCCUCCACCAACCCAUCAAGGCCCGCUACACUCCCCAGGCUUCCCCCCUCCACCACAACAACACCCUCGUGACGCGCCUCAUCCUUCCAUGCCGCCGCUUUCGCAUCGCAGCGAGCAGCCCCAACCGCCUUACCUCUCUCCCAUCGGCGCGCCAAUCCACAGCCGACCGGACUCAUACCACUCCCAAGCUUCCCGGCCACCAGGCUCCCUGCCCUCACUCCCACCACCAUCACAUCUCCAAGUCGACCCGACCCUCAUGAGUCCGCCAGCGCCAAUGGCCAACGGGACUAGCCACCAUGGACCGCCGCCGCCACCACACACCGUCUCGCACGGCCCGCCGCAGCAUCAUAGUGCCCCACCUCCGCCACCUCCUGUGACGCCGCGCAAUAACACGAAUCACGGCAACGGCGGCGGAGCCAGCAACAACCCCAGCUUGGCGAAUUUACUGUCUUAAGUUUGUCUGGACACGGAAAGGGAGUCUUCUCCGCAAUGAUGGCACAGGCGGCCACGAGACAAAGCUGCUUUUUUAGGAAAACAUUCCCAAGGAAGGACGAAAGAAUUCUCUGGGAUACUCUCACCCUGGGAAUCGGGCGGACUUUUUUCGCUCGUCGUGGGGACGUUGACCCUUUGUGGUCAAAUUUGCAUCGUCGAUUUUGUUGAUUUUGUAUUAUUAAUAUCCAUCAUAUUCAUGGGAGAAGGAAAGAAAGAAAGCCGCAGGCUGUUUCCCCACAAGCUGUUCAGUAAAAAUCAAAACAUUUGAAAUGGAGAAAUUUC